UGCUGAAGCAAAAAAAAAAAAAUAAUAAUAUAGUCCUUGCGUUUUGCUUAGACUCAAAUUAAAGCGUUUCUAAAACUCUGCCAAUACUAAUGGAUUUAUUUAGCAGUCUCAAAAACGUAAUGUUAGUUAACAGCUCACGGUAAAUGUUAAUAAACAGAAAAAUUGGAAUUCUGUUAGCGGACUCAAAACUCGUAGCACAGUUCCAAAAAACAGGCUAGCACAGUUUUUGUUUUCGCGUAGCACAGUACCGAAAAUCGGCUAGCACAGUUUUCAAUUUCGUAGCACAGUUCCCAAAAAAAUCAGGCCUAACACCAAAUAGUGUGCGAAUAUCAAAGCAAAACAAAGAAUCAAAAUUACACCACAAAGCAGAGUGCAAGUUGUGUGCAACGGGCAAAGACAACGGCAACGGCAACGAUAAAAGCAAAAUCAACAGCAACACACAACGGCAAACGAAAAUCUCGCGCGGAAAAGUGCAUUUGCAAGUGAAAGUUUAGGGCGCCCACGCCCACCGCCAUGAAUCGGUCCAACAGUUUUGUUAGCUCCCUAAAAUGGUGGCCCUUGCAGGGUCACAAUAGUCAAGCCACACCAGCGACUCCUCCAUCAGCAUCAGCUAUUGCCGCCGGUGGCGGAUACUCACAGUCGGCACCCAGUUCGCCCACCUCCAAUUGGCCACCACAGUUGCAGCAAUACCACCACCACCACCAACCCCACCACAAAGCCGGUGGCGGAGGUGUUGGAGGUGCGGGAGGAGUUGUCAGUACCACAUUCGGUAGCAGUGUGGCUGUUCAAAAGCUCCGUGAAUCGAAAUGGUUCAAGGCAGAGGAACAACGCAUCUUUUGUGCGGUUGUCGAAUGUGGAUUUAUUGUCGAAGUACGUAGUAGUGCUGCAGCAGCGGCUGCCACUGCUGCCGCAGCAGCUGCCGCAGCCGCGGCAAGUGAUGCCGACUCUUUGGAUUUGGAAAUUGAUUGUCCUUGUCCAGUGUCAUCGGCAUCGGCAGCAGUCCAACAAGCUCCAUUAACAUUAGUGAUACCCCGCAAUGGCAGCACUAGCAUCAGUUUUUUGGAAACGCAGGAUGAAAAUGAAACGCCUGUGGCGUCAUGGUAUGGCAUUGUCCUGUGCAAAGUGGCCAAAGACAACAAACCAAAACCCGAUACCAUUGAGAUAUUUUCUGUGAAAAUACGAGAAAAUGGCACAUACAAAUUGAUUAAAAUGUCACUGGCCGAUAUAUGGAGCCAUGGAUGGGAAUUGCGUAUCAAUAAUUUUGCCGACAAGGAAAAAAUGCCACACAACGAAAAGGAUAUACGCAAUCAGAUAUCCCUGGCGAGAAAGGCCAAACAGAGUCUUUGGAAUAAUAAUAAGCAUUUUGUAUAUUGGUGUCGUUAUGGUAGUCGUCAGCAGGAUGUUCGCAAGCGACAGAUAUCGGAGUGCGUGAAAUGGGGCAGCGUUGGCAUGAAUGCGGGCAUGUUGCUGGUUCUAAAUAAUAGACAAAAAAGCUAUUCCCACUCCAAGUAACUAAGAUAAAACGUUUUUCCUAACUAUCUAUCUAUCUAUUGCCAUUGUUCAUUGUUUUAUUUAUAUAACUCUUCAAUUUGUUGUCACUGUUGUUUUUGGCCCAAUUUUUAAGAGGAAAACCAAAAAAAAAAAAACAAAAAAAAAACAUUCAUACAUCUUCUAUCUAUAUGGUAUAAAUUAAGUGCCACUAAGUGAUACCAGAUCAGAUGAGCAGCAAUUCAUUUGGUAGAAAACCCACACACUCAAAGACAUACACUUUCAUACACACACACACACACACACACACAGACCUGUACACAUCUCCGUCAA